AUGCAAAAUAUUAUCUCUCAACUCCAUGAAUUAAACGAGCUUCAUUUAUCAAUCAUUCACGAAAUAGAGCAUUGCGAUUCAAAUCAAACAGAUGUAUCUGAUUUAAAUAAAGAGGCAAUAAAAAUCGAAUCCAAAAUUAGAAAUAUGAUAGAAGACCUUAAAAUAGAAAUCAAAAAAGAUGAUAGGAUACCAACUAACAAGCGCGAGAAUUAUCUAAUGAAUUACAUUCAACAAACCGGGAUUGAAGAAAAUAAAUUAUCUACACGAAGAUUGAUGGCAUUGAAAACAGCCAAAUUAUCAACAGGCAAAGAGAAAAUAGCGAAUUAUAGAGAAGCACGUGAAAAACUACUCAGCGAUGCCAAUCCUCAAGAGGUUCUUCAAUUCAGCAACAACAAGACAAAGUCAUCAUCUGUAUUAGCUAAAGAAAUUACGUCAAGAUUAGAAAAUGCUCGUGCAAAUAUCCAGCAACAAAUCAGUAACGCUUCAGAAAGCUUGAGCUUAAUCAAGGACUCUACAUCAAUGCUCAAUAAUGUUGUGGAUGCUUCAGAUUCCGUAGAUACAAUACAGUCUCGAACAAAAAGAGCUUUAAUUAAACUUCAUGUCGCACAAAAUUGGGAUGCUUGGAUAUUGAAAGGCGCAAUUAUUUUCUUUGUAAUAUGCUCUAUCAUUGCUAUAAUUAAUGGCUUCCGGAAAAGCAUUGUUGGAAAAAUCGCCAUUUUUACAGCCAAAAAGCUUGUUAAGUCUGUUCAAUCAUAUUUUAGUCAACAAAAUACUACAAAAAUUACACAAACUACUACAAACGAGUUAUAA